CCCGGCUCCCGCUAGCGCGCACGCGCGGGGGGCGGAGCGGCCGAGCGAGGUCACGGGAUGCGCCGCGAUUGGUCCGCGGCCGUGACGCGCGCGGCGGCGGGGCGGAAGUGGCGGCUCCGACCAUGGACAGCAGUGAUGACAUUGAAGAUGUGUCUCUCUUUGAUGCAGAUGAUGAUGUAUCCAGGAGAUCCAAAAAGUCAAAAAUAAGGCACCCAGUGGCAUCAUUUUUCCACUUAUUCUUCCGAGUCAGUGCCAUCGUUGUUUACCUGCUCUGUGAGCUCCUAACCAGCAGCUUCAUUGCCUGCAUGGUGACCAUCAUCCUCCUCCUGUCCUGUGACUUCUGGGCUGUAAAGAACGUCACAGGGCGGCUCAUGGUUGGCCUUCGCUGGUGGAACCAGGUGGAUGAUGAUGGCAGGAGUCACUGGGUGUUUGAGGCCAGGAAGGUGUCAGCACAAGGGGGUAAGACCUCAUCUGAAGCAGAGUCCCGAAUCUUCUGGCUAGGCCUGAUCACCUGCCCCAUGAUCUGGGUGAUCUUUGCCUUCAGUGCUCUCUUCUCUUUCAAAGUGAAGUGGUUGGCAGUGGUGGUGAUGGGGGUGGUGCUGCAGGGAGCCAACCUCUAUGGCUACAUCAGGUGUAAAGUUGGCAGCAGGAAGAACCUGACCAGCAUGGCGACCAGCUACCUGGGGAAGCAGUUCCUGCGGCAGACCAUGGCUACAGAGGACCAAGCAGCAUCCUGAGUGUGGUGGGAGCCUCCAGCCAGGCUGCAUUCCCAGCAGUGACCAACAGAGAAGUUGCUCUGACCAAUUUGGGAGCUGCACACAAGGUGUGAAUCAAAAGAAGUAAAUAAAUUGUGCAAGACUUGAGGUUAACACUCCUGGCAACUUAUAUUCCAUUUUCCACUAGCAGUUUGUGUUUAAGUCUUCUCUUUAGUUUGAUUAACAAGAAUUAAUUUGCUUCAACUUUCAAUUAAGAUAACCUGAGUGGGUUUCAUAGGGGUUUAGAACUACUGGAUGAGUUAAAAAAAUUUGGCUGGAGAUUCUUCAGAAAAGCCAUGUAUGAGCUGAGCCUUGGGCGCUCUCCUGCUCCUUCAGCACUUGGUGCCUGGGUACUUUCAGCUGUGGGCUUUCAGGUUUGCCUCUGGGAGGUUGUUGCUGCAUCUGCUACAGUUUAAGGCGUGAUUUUUGGCCCUGCAUCCCUGACUGUGUGACUGGAAUGGUUCUGAGGGCUGCAGUGAGGGGCACCUGAAGGAAAUGGAGCUGCUGGAAGGUCCCUGAGGUCCCAUGGCAGCUGCAGAAGGUGACCUGUGAGCAGGCCCUGGUUUCUGAAGCCUUCAUGAACCUGGAGAACAUCCUAAAGCCCUGGAUCUGGGGGAUCCCUGCAGGCCUGGGCCUGUCUGGAGAGAGGAAGAGCUGAAGCAGUUUCCAGGGAAGCUGCAGCCCCCUUCCAGGCAGGGCUGUGAGAGCAGCCCUUGCGUGCCUGGCCUGUCACACUGAGGCUGUGGGGUGUCCUGGAGGGGACCCUGGGGCCAUGGGGCCAUUCCUCAGGCCAGCAGGGUGUGGGGAUGGGAGCUCCUGGCACAGGAGUGGCACUGUCAGGGUGUCACCCUCCUGCAGAGCAGCUCUGUGCUGUCCCUGAGCUGGGGAGAGCCCUGGGUGGGUGGCAGUGCUGUGCCUGAGCUCAUCCCUGCAGAGGGACCAGCUCCUUCCCUGGGGUCUGUCCCUGGAGCCUGUGCUUCCACAGCAGCAGGUGCUGAACAUCCUGGGUCGGGAAUUGUGAAUGAAGGAUUUUGAUGGUGUCUUUCUGACUCCUGUGUGCUGUGAAUUGUGGGGCUGCAUUGUCCUGGUUCCUCUCCCUGUGCUCUGCAGUACUGGCAGCUGUACAUUUGUUUAACUCUGAUUGAUACCUUCCUUUUGUAAAUACGUAUUUAUAAAAUCUUGAAAUUAAAAUGCUGCUUUGUUUAACCAGC